AUGGAUGUCUCUCGAAUCCGGUUGGAUUCGUCCAAGCUCGGCAUGGUGCGGACGACAGCCAACAUUCCAAAGGACUCUAUAGAGGAGUGCAACAGACUGUUGCAGAAGAAUCAUGAAGUCUUUCACAUGUUCUUCAGGGACACAGCUGGCCACAAUCAUAUCGUCCACAGUCUUCUCACAAUCCUCGCGAUGGGUGCGAACUCGCAAGAAUUGCAAGACCGCUACGAUGACGGCGUGCCAAUCCAGCGGCCCAUCCCUAAGGUGGACACAGACUUGCUGGAGAAGCUGUCAGACAAGGAGGUUCUUUUUAAAACCAUCGGAGAGAUUAAGCAGUACCAUACCUUCCUCGCCUUUUUCGAGCGGGAGAUUGACGCCAAGGGCUGGCGCGCCGUCGUAUUGGAAUACGUUUUCGCGCGAACGGCGGUCGCCGACGAGAUCCUGGCACGCAUGUACGAGGGCGCCUACCACCCCAUUAUCCACCUGGGACUGGGCGUCGAGUUUGAGCAGCCAGCAAUCAUAGCCGAGGCGCUGGCGCAGGCUGCCGCCCACGAUGACAGCCACAUCGGCAAGCUGUUCCGUAACGCAGAGGAAGAGGCUGCCAGCUCGUACCCUCAGCGCGGCCGGCCUAAGCCGCUGCUAGCCCUGCUGCACGAGGUGCGUGCCAGUGACGAGAUCCGCGGUGCGCCGCAGUGGUCCGACUUUGGGCUCAAGAUGCGCAACGGCAUCAUCGGACGUGCCCUGGAGCCGAUGUGCUCCAUCGCGUCGCAGUUCCGCAUCCGGGACGGCGACGAGGCAGAGCUGGAACGUCGCACCGCCGAGAUGAUCAGCGUGUGCGCCUUCUUCGCGGGCGCCGCACAGCGCUCUGGCCGUCCUCGAAAGAUCGACUUUUUCUAUAUGCACAACGUCACUAGCAGCAUCUUCUUCACCGUGCUGGCUCGGCAGGACUGGAUCCCACUCGCCGACCGCGCGCGCCUUGUCGAGUGGAAGGGUCGCCUGGACCUCGCUUGGUAUGCUGUGUCAGGGUGCGCACCACUCGACGCCACUACCAUCGCUGAGUAUUCAAACCCAGCGAGCGACGGGAUGGGUUGGUCUGAGUUGUACGCGGCAGUCAGAGAGGAGCACGAUGACGGCCACGCGGCCAAGUUCAUCCGGGCGCUCAAGAAUGGCGAAGAGGUGUCUAAGGCUUUUGAAGAAGAUGAGGAGUGCUUCCCAGUAAGGGGUGACAUGUGGUUGAAGCUGGCCCGCAUGUGUCAGGAUACGACGACAAACAUGGACGUAGACCUGAAGUGGAUCUUCUUCACAGGAUUCGAACAGCCGUGGAAGCGACCAGACCUACAACCGACAAAGAAUGGUGUCGCCAAGGAGAACGGUGUCGCCAAGGAGAACGGUGUCGCCAAGGAGAACGGUGUCGCCAAGGAGAACAGUGUCGCCAAGCAGAACGUUGUCGCUCAGCAGAGCGUUGUCGUCUAA